ACUUGCACUCGCCCGACCAACGGUCCGAGUUCGACGGAUACUCAGCGGUUUGUCGAGCGUUAUCGGGAAUCCUCGCCAGUUGCCACAGUGAUACUAGUAUAGACAGUAUAGUACCUUCAAAUUUUUAAUUAUAUAAUAUCAUAUAUCAUAUUAUUAUUAUCACCGUUUUUGACGUAAAACCGCAUCGGCGUGUGCGCGUGUAUGUAAUUAAUACAUUUAACAAUAAAUUACUAAUUGCCAAUUGGAAUUAUUAUCAAUCGUUUGUGGCCCAACCAACACGGGUCCUGUAGAAUUUUGAUUUUCGACACUACUGUUUAUCUCCUCUCAGUCCUCUCCACCGCGUUCGAUUCAGUCGUAAAUAUUGUGGUUUUCGUCCUGCACCGCUGUUCGAAUAAUUUAAAAUGGCUGAUCCAGGAUUUCCUAGUCAACAUACUACUACUACUACUGUUACUAAUACUGAAAUUAUCUCAAACUUGAGAUAUGACAAUGCAUACUUAUACACAUUAGAAGGAAAAUUAAAAAUUGCCCAAAUUGUGUUUGUUUUAUUAAGUCUUAUAGCAGUUUCAUUCUCUACAUACAGUAUGUGGUAUCAAAAUAGCGCUGUCACAUCAAUAUCAAUGUUUGGAUUUUGGUUUUCUUUAUUUAUGUUGGUGUUCUAUAUAUUUCACGUGGUUGAAUGUUUUUAUAAAAUACCAUGGCUUAAAAUUGAGAUGAUUUUUGAUGUUUGUUGGCCAAUACUUUACCUUUUAUCAGCGUCAUCUGCAGCAGCUUAUACUGGAUUACAUUUUAGCUACAUGAUAAGUUUGUUAUUUGGAUUUGCUGCAAUGUUCGCAUAUGGAUAUGAUGCUUUACUGAAGUAUCAAGCAAUACAACGUGGAGAAAUUGCCCAAGGAAAUAUAUCAGUUCAUAAACAAACAACCACAUCAACUGCAUCAUACUGAUACAAUUUAAUAGUUUUAUUUUUACUAAUUUAUACAGUUAAUCACUAUUUACCAUAUUUAUUUUACUAACAUUAAUAUAUAAUAAUAGUUUUUAAUCAAACAUCACAAUCAUUUUUGUUUUAA